AUGAAAGGAUUAAACACUGUCGGGACAACGCCCUUUCGUCGUCGUCGCGGGUUUCGCGUCGGCCGUCUACUCCUUCCUGCUCUUAUCGUGAUAGGCUUCCUCUGGUUCACAUCCUACCAUCCACCCCAAUCCAAGUACAUUGUUGAGUUUCACGGCGAUCCGCAGCUCGCUCAAUCUCAAUGGGAUCGAUUAGAUGAACACCUGGCGAAAUGCGAAGAGUACAACAAGCCAUCGUUAUCUUACUCGUUCCCGGUGCCUGCAAAUCGUAGUAAUCCACGAUGGAACGCUGUGUCUGGCCAGUCGCAAACCACAGUGUUGCGGAAUGUGACUCUUUUCGACGGAGAUAGCAUCUCUGCGAAGCCAGUGGAUAUCAUCUUCAAAGAGGGCGUCGUUAGGUCUAUUUCACCUACCAGUGCCAAUGAGAUUGAAAUUGAUUCUAACACAAUCGUUCGUCAUUACAAUGGCGAAUUUGUUACGCCAGGCCUAGUAGACAUGCACUCGCAUCAUCUGGCUUAUAAUUGGCCCAUUCUCAGUGUCUCUGCUGACGAGAAUGAAGUCAACCCCGAGACGGGACCUUUGACACCCAUGGUUCGAUCUCUCGAUUCCUUGAAGCCGUAUGACAUCGCCACUACUAUCAUUGCAUCCGGCGGCGUGACCACGUCGCUAAUUCUACCUGGCUCAGCAAACAUCAUGGGUGGUGAAGCCUUCCCCGUUAAAAACUUGCUCCGAGCUGGGGAGCACGGCGAAGAAGUUGUCGAAGAUAUGCUUCUUGAGCACGGUAUUCCUAAACAGGAUCGACGCCGAUAUUUGAAGAUGGCUUGUGGCGAGAACCCGCGCAGAGUGUACCACCAUACCAGGAUGGGCAAUGCAUGGAAAUUCCGUCAGCAUAUGGCGCGAGCAAAAGAUCUGCGGGAGAAUCAAGACGCAUGGUGUGCUGCUGCUACGACUGCGAGACAGAAUAGAGAUACUUCUGCCGCCGCAAGCCUACUUGCUGAUGGCCCGGCUGGGAAGGGAGGGCUACCGGAGGAGCUUGAAUUUGAUUCCACUAUUGCCAUGUUGAGAGGGAAAAUUAACAUUAAUGUGCAUUGCUAUGAGCCGGAAGACUUUGAGGAUAUGCUUCUUCAUAGCAAGGAAUUUGGCUUCCACAUUCAGGCAUUCCACCAUGCAUUGAGCGCUUGGAAAGUGCCCGAGUUGAUCAAGAAUAGUGGGCAGAACAUCACAGUCGCAACUUUUGCCGAAUUUAGUCUAUACAAAGUGGAAGGAUAUGAAGGGAACUUGCAAGCCGGCAAAAUCCUGGCUGAGCAUGGCGUGCCAUUGGCCUUUAAAUCGGACCAUGUGGAGCCUAACACUAAUGCGAAAUAUCUCUUAACCCAAGCCGCCACUGCGCAUGCAUUUGGUCUUCCGGAGAUCCUUGCGUUACAAUCUGUUACCAGUGUCCCCGCGAGAUCUCUCGAAGUGGAUCAUCGUGUUGGCUACACAAAGCCCGGUUAUGACGCAGAUUUGGUUGUUUGGAAUGCCCAUCCGUUAUCAGCCGGCGCAUCACCGCUACAGGUAUACAUUGACGGCAGACCUACGUUAGAAGAAAAGCUCGAGCGAUCAGAGCCUGCAAGAGUUCAGAAGCCUGAAAUGCGUGCAGAAGCUGCACCCGAAGAUGUCGAAGCCUUUUGUUCGGAAUCGAAGCAAGAUAUCACUGUGCUCAUUACCGGUAUCAGCACUUCUUACCUGGAAAAUACACAUAUCAAGCAGUCCUCGGAAGGUAAUUUGACAAUGGUUCUUGCAAAUGGCAAAAUCGAUUGCCUAGGACAACACGACCAAUGUGUCUCGACAAAAUCAUUCGACAAAGUCAUCUCUCUCCGCAAUGGGCACGUCCUACCCGGUUUGACCACUGUAUCCAGCGGACUGGGUAUCAUCGAAAUAGAAUCAGAAAAAAGCACUUCUGAUGGAGUCGGUGAUUCUAAUGCCAACAUAUACGACCCUGAGUCGGCCGUUUACGCCAAAUAUGGCAUUCAUUUCGAAGGGAAAGCCUUUGAUCGCGCACGAAUUGGUGGCGUCACUCGUUCAAUUACAUAUCCGUACUCCAAAGGGUUUUUGAGGGGUGUCAGCACUGGAUUCAAGAUAGCCGAGGGCAGCAAUGUUCUCAAUGGAGGGAUUUACAAGGAUGAUGUCGCUUUGCAUUUUGUAGUUGGGCAGAAAGCGAAGGGUUCAUCUCAAACUCCGACAGUAUCCAAGUCGGUUAGCGCCUUGCGCAGAAUCCUGUCGGAAAACAAAGCCAAGGAUACGUUAUAUGGCAAGGCUGCUGAUGGCAAGAUCGCCGUUGUCGUCCAUACUGACAAUAAGUACGACAUUCUUCAGAUCAUCAAGAUCAAGAAAGAUUACCCCAAAGCCAACUUGGUGGUGUAUGGCGCUGCUGAGGCUCCAAGCGUCGCCGAUGAAAUCGCCGCUGCUGGGCUUCCCUUAAUCUUCACUGCUGCUCACUCAGCACCAGUGGCAUGGGAAAGCAAAGAUCUCCUUGUUGGCCCGCCAUUGACCAUUUCUGCCGUGCAAGUUCUGAAGGAGUCAAAUGUCACCUUUGCGCUUGCAAUGCUCCCUGAAUUCGACUGGCACCUUGCGAACCUGCCCAUUGAAGCAGCCGCAAUCGCUAAAGAAGCCGGUCUCGGCGACGAGGAAGCUGUAGAAUUAUUCUCAAGCAAGAUUGACGAUAUCCUUGGCUUUGAAGGUGCAGAAAGGAAUUCCGACUUUGUGGUUUGGGAAGGAAAUCCAUUGGAGUAUGGAGCUAGUGUGGUCUUGACUGUUGAUGGGGAUAAUAAGGGUAUCGUGAGCUGUUGGCCGGAGGCACAAUGA